CUUUGCGACACUACGCCCUACCCCUUCAGUCCUUCCCGCACACAGAGUACAACACCAACAUCGACGAUCGUCAUGGCCACCAACAUCACCUUUCACCCUGGUACAGUCUCCUACGAGGAGCGCUGCUCUCUCCUCUCCCAGACUGGAGCAACCAUCUGGCUCACCGGUCUGUCUGCCUCUGGAAAGUCUACCAUUGCAACUGCACUGGAGCAGCACCUCCUCCACCAGAAGAAGAGCGCUUACAGACUCGAUGGUGACAAUGUCCGCUUUGGACUCAACAAGGAUUUGGGAUUCAGCCCAAAGGAUAGAGAGGAGAACAUUAGGAGGAUUGCAGAGGUCUCAACCCUCUUCGCCUCCUCAUCAACCCUGACCAUCACCUCCUUCAUCAGCCCCUACGCCGCUGACCGUCAAGUCGCCCGCACCCUUCACGAGGCCCACAACCCUCCCCUCCCCUUCAUCGAAGUCUUCAUCGAUGCCUCUCUCGACGAAUGCGAAAAGCGCGACCCAAAAGGACUCUACAAGAAGGCUAAAGCUGGUGAAAUUAAAGAAUUUACAGGGAUUAGUGCACCUUAUGAGAAGCCAGAAAAGGCAGAGAUUCAUAUUGAUGCCGACAAGACGAGUGUGGAGGAGAGUGUGAGGAUUAUUACAGAGUAUUUGAUUCAGAAGGGGUACCUCAAGGUCUGAAGAGCAGCAGCGGUACCUUGUAUGCCAGUCAGUUCGUAGAGGAAUGUAGAUUGGGUAGACGACGUCACCCUUCGUGUUGACGAAAUGGAUCACAUAUCACAUCAAGAUCACUGCGAGCACUCCCUGAACCUGUUUGUCUGUAGAGAUCUUUAUUGAACGCAAAGCAAGUCACCAGGUGCGAAGCUCGCCCUUAUCAUCUUCUAGCGUGAAUAUCCUGUCACCGCUCCAGCACACCCAAUCACCUUCUACCCCUU